UAUUGGAAAAAAAGCUUGGGGAAGGUGAUUGGUUGCUUGACACCGUAACUAGUCGUUUCUUUAUAGAUAUCCUUGUUUAUACUGAAUGAAUUAGACCAUAUAUCCAUUCUAUAAGAACUUCAGAAAAGGUAUCAAUAUUUUCAAAAUGAGCGCAAAGAGUGCGAAUUCUGGUAAAAAGAAAGGUGGAGGGUUUUUAGCACGGCAAGUAAAGGCAAAGAAGGAUGCGUUGACGGAGGAAGAGUUAUUGAAGAAGAAAGAUAUUACCGCAGAUGACGUCCUUAGGUUAACAAAAGGCACCGACAAUUACUUAUGCCCACCAGAGGCCAACGUAUUCAAUAUUGAUUUCACACGGUUUAAACUGAGAGACAUGGACACUUCUACUGUUCUUUUUGAAGUGGCAAAGCCUCCACCAUCAGAAACAGAUGAAGAGCAUGACAUUGAUACAGAUGAGGUUGAUCCCAACGCUGGGCGUUUUGUAAGGUACCAGUUCACACCAAAUUUCCUGAAGCUACGGACUGUAGGGGCAACCGUUGAAUUCACUGUUGGUGACAAACCUGUCAGCAAAUUCCGCAUGAUAGAGAGGCAUUAUUUCCGUGAACGCUUACUGAAAAGCUUUGAUUUCGAGUUCGGAUUUUGCAUUCCAAAUAGCAAGAAUACAGUAGAGCAUAUAUACGAAUUUCCUCAGCUUACCCCUGAUGAAAUGAAAGAGAUGAUUGACAACCCAUAUGAAACUCGCUCUGACAGCUAUUACUUUGUUGAUGAUAAACUGAUCAUGCACAAUAAGGCAGACUAUGCUUAUAAUGGGGGGACAUAGACUAGUGUCAAUAAUCAUAUACCAUUGCUGUUUGGCUAUCUUUGGUUGUGACAGCAGAGGUGAAUGUGACUUUCCCCCACAUUUAUCUUGUGAAGAAAAAGCAAUGACUAUAAACUUGUGAAAAAGAUGAGCAGGCUCACAUAUCACUGUAUGAUGCUAGUAUUGAGAUUUUUUUCCAUUGGCACUAUUGAGUGGAAAGUUUGGUAGUGUUAAGAAGUCUUUCUUAUUCUUCUUAUAUGAGAAUCAUGGAGUAUAUAGUUUUUUUCUCCUUCAUUUAUGUUUACAGUUGUAUAUCUGGAAUUUAUAAUGAUCAAAUUAAUAUUCAGGUCAAUAUUUAGAUAUUUAAAAUAUCAUUUGGAUAAAACAGCUGUGUUUGUGUAUACUUUUAUACCAUUUUCUUUAAACCAACUACCCUCUAGUAAUUUGGCUUCAAAAUUGCAUCUAUACCACAUGCUUUUGUCAUAUUUAAAACACCUGUUAAGAUAGCCUGUUAGAUAAAGUGUCUGAUUUUAAAUUUAGUGUCUACAGCUGGGAAUUGCAGAUUACUCUCUUUUUGAAUGUUAUGUACAGAUAUAUAGUCUGAGUACUGUGAUUGAUGGUUAUGUAUAAGCUUAUCCCCAUUUGAGUUUGAUGCUGUUUCAAUUUAGCCAUACUGUACUGGCAUAAUUAUCAGUGUUUCCUAUGUAAUAGUUGGAUUCUUGUUUUGUCAGAUGUGUGUAUCUCUUUUUAUUAUUAUUUAUUUAUUUAUUUAUUUAUUUAUUUAUUUUUUUUUUUUUUGUGCACUGGAGGAUUUUAUCCCUAGGAUGUGCAUAAGGUACAAACCAAUUCUACAAGAUUAUUUAUUGUCAGUGUAAUCAAUUUCGUUGUAAUUCACAUACCCCUAUGUUGAUGUUAAUGAUAUAUAUAUAUAUAUAACAUGACGGUUUGGGCUUUCCAAAUUGUUGUAUAUUAUUCUAAUAUUUACAGUUGUAAAACUGGAAUUUUGUAAAUUUGAUUUGUGUAGUGUGCAUAUAUUGGUAUUUUAGUAAGCAAAGAAAUGGAGCUAAUAUUGUUUGAAUUGGUAGACAACUUUUUUUCCUUUGCACCAAUUUCUCUGCCAUUCCUUUUUCAAGAAGUUACAUAGUUUUUUCUUUAUCUAAGGCCCUAUUAGGUCCAUUUAACUGUAGUUUCAUUAAACUUUUUACCAAAAACACCCUCUUUGUCUUUUAAGCUAGAAAAGUGGGUCAUUGUCCAAAAAUUUUUAUCUGUAUAAUUUCUUGAAAGGAUGAAAAACUAUAGCAAUUUGCUCAGUGAAGUGGAUUUUUUUCUUUUGCUUAGAGGUACAUUUUAAACCAGAUAAUCUCUCACUACAUUAGUUGUGUGUGUGUGUGCAUGCCUUGCUUUAACCAAUAUUUAGCUUUGCUGUCUGCAAUACAGCACUUCUAUGUAAUGUGCAUCCAUGGGUGUAUUUCCGUCCUGUAUUUUACCCAGUGAAAAAGAAAGUGAUCUGUGAUUUUGUAUAUCAUGGCAGAUAGAAUUGCCUAUUUACGUUUAGCUCAUUGAUAGAUUUUAACUAUAGAAAGCUGUGUUUUCAAAACUAGUCAGCGAGCAUUUUUAAAAGCCCAUUACUUUUUUUGUUAGAUCUAUGAGGAUGAUUUGAAGAUUCUGUUAUCUUUAUUAUGUUGCUCUGCUUGAGGUCGCUUAGUUUGUCAGAUUUGUUAGCAUUUUGUGAGUAAUUUGUGAUCAUACAUCUACUGUUGACCUCUAUACAUCAUUUCUGAUGCCCAAAAUGUAUAGUGAUUUUUUUCUUAUGCGAGAAAAUCUGGACUGGAUUAAUACAUACAAAGAUCACAAGUGUUCAAUAUACUGUAAUGUGUUUGAUAUAGUUGUGUAAUAAUUCCUUUAAAACUGUAUCAACAGGAAUUCUUUGUCUCUUCGACUGAAUUAACUGCUAGAAAAUUUUGAAUGUAUCAUGUUCUGAUAGAAAUAUAUUAUUUGUAAUCAAACAAAACACACACACACACACACACACACACACACACACACACACACAUUGUUUGAUUACAAUAAUUUUUUGAUUUGAGACAAAGAAUGUACUUUUAUCUGAAGUAAGGAAAAUUAUUAAACAAUACUUGAAGUACUGGACUGAUUCUAUCAAUGCAGCAUUCCGUUUGUCUAUAUUUAAGUAUUGUAAGUGCAUCAGAGCAUAAAUAAACAUUACAA